ACAUUUAUUUAGCCGAAGGUAUAUAUUAUAUUCGAGCUUGCAAAGCAAGAGAUAAUUAUAUUAAAAAUUCGAACUGCAAUUCAAAAUACAAUUAAUACUUAUUACCGUAAAAUAUUAUAUUUUCUAGGGGAGAGAAGAGAAUUGCGGAAAAGAUUGGAAACUUUACAAAAUAUAGAAAACUUAGCCUCUCUACACUUUAUUUAUCUACUCUAUAUUUUUUUCUAUCACACGUGUACUAUGAAUCAUUAUAAAAUCAUCCUUUUUAUAUUCCAAGACAUAAUAAAUCUCAUUUUAUUCUGCUUCGUUCUGUCAAGAUAUAUUAGGCGAUAAUUAUUAUACAAGAUUAUAAUUAUAUGUAUAGACAAAAAUAUCUUUAAAGUCAAGAGGUGCUCUCUUUCUCUGUGUGUGCACUCCCACCGCGUCGCCCUCAGCGCCUAUCCUAAGUGACGGGCUCGAUCAACGGCGCACUCGGCCUUAGUCGCGUGCCGUUAGUCCGUUGCGAAUCAACGCAGUUGUUAUAUGUACGUGGAAGUCGGCACGGUCCGAUUCGGCGGUGUCCCAUUUCGCGAAUCGCGCCGACAUAGCGCGAUGCGUAUCGCUUCCUCGCUUACGUGAUCCGCAUCGCUUAUUAAGCCAUUGAAAAAACGCAGUUGCAUAAUGUAAUGCUGAUAGACGGAUACGCUUUUUAAAAGUGAGAAAAGACAAAAGAUUUCUUUUCGAAUCGAUUGGAAUUAAUAGGCGAUCCUUUGAACAAGUUGAUCGACGAUAAAAUAUAUUGAUCGUAUGCAAAAAAAUCGGGACAAUCUGUAAUUUCGGGGAACCCAAGAUAGUACAGACAGUUAUUGAAUUUCGAGUAAUCAUCGAUCCUACGAACAUAACUCGAAGAAGGAUCUAUUGAUGCAAUCUCGAUUCACAGAUACAAGAACAAGUUCUGGAAAAAAAAAAGAUCUAUACCUAGAUGACAAAUAUUUAAAAGGAUUCGAGAAUUCAUAACCGGUGCCUAAAUACAUUCUAUACAGAAAAUCUAGAAGAAUUAUAUACGUGAUAAAAAAUUAACAAUUCCUUUCAAAUGUAAAGUAAAUUCCCUGAAUGAAGAAGAAGCAAAAGAAUAAGUCAAGAUGAACGAGGUCUUACGAACUAAAGCGUGAUGAAUAACAGUAAUAAAGAACUCUUAUCUGUGAUUUAAAACAAACAUAUGCUACAGAAAAAAAAAAACUAAUAAAGAAUUUAAAAUAAAAAUAAAAUAAAAAAUUAAUAUAAUAGAAGGAAGAAACGAAACACACACCAUAUACAAAUCUCUGUGUAAAAACAACAGAAGAAAAUAUCUGUGAUGUAAUAGUUAUGAAGAACUAGUCGUGAUCUAGUCUCACAAUCUUUGAAAAUUGAGUGAAACUCGAUUUUAAUUUCCUGUUUCGGGACAAAGAGACGGAAGAGAAGCAAUCGUAAAAUAUCUCGGUGAUCGAUCGAUUUUUUAAUCUAAAUCAUGGCGCCGGCGAACAAUCUCGACUGGUCAGAGCCGUGUCAGCAGUGGCGAUACCCGAAAAUCUUUCCGGCGACGACCGAUCAGAAAAAUGAGCGUCCCAAAAGUGCCGUGGAAUUGAGUGGCAAAGAGGCAAACACCGCCUACAAAAAAUUCUGCAAGUUUCUGCGCCGACUAGGCAACAGAAAACGCAAGGAUGGCAGCAAGGUAACAACCGUAGUGGCGACUCCCGGUGCUGGACCAGAUCGUCCUCAAGAGGUCGCGUACACUGACACCAAGGUCAUCGGCAAUGGCAGCUUCGGCGUGGUAUACCAAGCCAAACUCUGUGACUCGGGCGAAAUGGUCGCCAUCAAGAAAGUUCUUCAGGAUAAGCGAUUUAAAAACAGAGAAUUACAAAUUAUGCGACGCCUUGAGCACUGCAACAUUGUGAAACUCAAAUAUUUCUUUUACUCUAGUGGUGAUAAGAAGGACGAGGUUUAUCUCAAUCUAGUCCUGGAAUACAUACCGGAAACUGUGUACAAAGUCGCUCGACAUUAUAGCAAAAGCAAGCAGACGAUACCAAUCAGCUUCAUCAAGCUAUAUAUGUAUCAACUGUUCCGUUCGUUGGCGUACAUCCACUCGUUGGGUAUCUGCCACAGAGAUAUUAAGCCGCAGAAUCUACUCUUAGAUCCGGACACCGGCGUCUUGAAGCUAUGCGAUUUCGGUUCGGCUAAACACUUAGUGAAAGGCGAGCCCAAUGUGUCUUACAUUUGCAGUCGCUAUUAUCGUGCACCUGAGCUCAUCUUUGGUGCUAUCGAUUAUACUACAAAGAUUGAUGUUUGGAGCGCAGGUUGCGUGCUGGCAGAAUUGUUGCUAGGCCAACCGAUAUUUCCCGGCGAUAGCGGCGUCGAUCAGCUGGUAGAAAUUAUCAAAGUCCUUGGUACACCUACGCGCGAUCAGAUACGUGAGAUGAAUCCCAACUAUACCGAAUUCAAAUUUCCACAAAUUAAGUCGCAUCCUUGGCAAAAGGUAUUCAGGGCGCGCACACCGCCAGAAGCGAUGGAUCUAGUGGCACGAUUGCUAGAGUACACACCAUCGCUGCGUAUGACACCACUGCAGGCAUGCGCGCAUUCCUUCUUCAAUGAGUUGCGUGAGCAAGGAACACGGCUUCCGAGCGGCCGUGAACUACCGCCGCUGUUUAACUUCACCGAACAUGAGUUGCGCAUUCAGCCGGUCCUCAACAGCAUGCUGAUACCCAAGUAUAUGCAAUCGGCCACCGCUACCACCGGUACGGAGGGAACUCCUGGCGGGGGCGGCGGGGGUGGAGGUGGCGGUCAAUCGGACGCCACGGGCGCCGCCGCCAGCGCUAGCGGUAACUCUAGUGAUAAUAGCGUUACCAAUCCUAACACCACCACCAAUACUAUCAGUACCAAUACGCAAAACACCGACUCUAGCCAAUCGAACAUGGCUUGAAUCGCUUUGUUCUUUUUUCUUUUUCUUUUUUUUAAUGUUAUCAAAGAAUCAGAUUACAGCGGCAUGACGAAUCUAUCUCUCUUCUGACGAGGAUGUCCAUGUUGUAAAUGCGAUAUAUUGCAUUGCGGAGUUUAUAGAAAUAAGAUUUUUUCACCUUCUAGAGCGAGAAGUAGCGUAAUACAGCGACGCGACUCGGCGAGAUUAAGGUUUAUCCAUCACCGUAGUAGUCAUAUUGGAUAUAUUUAUGACAUCAGGAAAGGAUCGUAUAUGUUGAAGUAAAUCAUCUUCGUCGCAUGAUACACAACUCGUAUUUGAUAGAAUGGAAUUUAUGAGACAUGCUGAUUUUUCGUUUGCGAAUUGAUAUCUGAAAGCUCGAUCUGUCAUAAAAUUAAUUUUAUAGCAAAUAUGGGAUAUAUAUAUAGCUCAUUAUUUACUAUAAAAUACAGAUCAAACUUUCAGAUAUCAAUCUGCAAAUAAAAAAAGAAUCAGCACAUGUUAUAUAUAUAUAUAUAAGCAAAUAUGUUUAUAUUAAAUUAUUUACUAAAAGGAAAGUGUUUAAUCUACUUCUUUGUAAUAUAUUUUUCUUGAAGUUGAUAAGUAAAAAAAAUUUAUGUGCACAAUAUUACGCAUGAGAAAAAACAACUCGUAUGAUUUUCUAUUUCUGAUGCUAUAAAACAAUACGACUCUCACAGAAACCUUAAUUAUACUAUAUCGUUGCCGAAUCGGAUUCAGUGUAUAUAUAUAUAUGUAGGAAGUGGUCCUUCUUUAAUUUUAAAUAACCGCUGAGAAUGCGUUUAUACUCUAGUUAAAGAUAAACUAAGAGGAUGUGUAAUCUAAUGUGUCUCUAGUAAUGUCGUUUGCAUCACCAUCGUUUUAUACUUUAAGACACCGUGGUAUCAAAGCUCGACGAAAGUAUCAAUUUAAAAUGAAUAAGAAUACCGAUAAUAAUUGAAGGAUACUACUGUCUUUCGUAGACCAGACCGAUGCAAUUUGAUGACAAAUUCUUAAUUAUAUAUCUUAUGUUUAUAUAAAAAAAUGGUCCCUCUUUAACUGAUAAUUAAAUGCAACUGUAAUAAAAACAGUCAAAUGUCCGUAUCGUGAAUUUCUUUCGAGACCAAUGAAUGUUUUUAUUGUGAGUUUUGUCGCUCUUAUUUUUAAUGGCACAUGCGCAGAAUGAAAAUGUUGCUUUCUCAUUCAAUUUAUCACGUGGUCAUGUGGUAAAUAAUAAAUAAUGACAGCAGUGUAAAGGCAGAACAUCAUGUUAUGUGUUAUUUCACAAUACAAGGUCGCAGAAAUUACGGGAGUUUACUAUACGAACAUUCAACUGUAUAUGUAUAUCGCGUUAGAUUAUUUGUAGAUAUUUUUGGGCGGCGUUAAAUAUCUGCAAAAUUAAUUCUUGAGAAAGUACCGACGGUUAAAGGAAGACUAUUGUGCUAUUAACGUAAUUCGAUGGCAAAUAAGCUAUUCUUUUGCCGAAUUGACUUAGAAAUGCACACAGAAACUGGUUUUUCUUUAAUCGAAAAAUAACCGACCCGGCAUACUCUAGUUGAAAGCAAACUAAAACAAUGUGUAAUUAAAUGUCUAGCAAUUUGUUAUUACAUCAGCUUUGAGGAGGGUACCGAUGAGGAUUGGAGAAAGACCAUUGUGCUAUUGAUGUAAUUUAGCGUAUAUAUAAGAAUUGGUCGUUCUCUAAUAAUUAUAAUAUCUGCUAAACGCGUGAUUCUAGUUAUGGAAAACUAAAAAAGAUGACACCCGGUAACAUUAUUUUAUCAAGACAAUACAGGAUCGAAAUCGAUAUAAUUUCACUAAGUUUAUAUUUGAAGAUUCUUUUUUUUUAUUUAUUCGCAGAUCAAUAGAGUGAUAACUGUCUUAUAAUAUCUUUUUACGGGAAAUUGGGUUUAAUCGGAACUAUAUCGGUUUCGGAUCUUUGUACAUGGUCAUUGCUGCGAGAUCAGUUUAAAAUAAGAAAACAAAAAGCAGUGGAUUAUCAUACUCUCUACUCGCAAGGCAAGUUUCAUUUUCAGACUAUAAUUUCUCAAGGUUUCAGUCAGACUGAAGACAUUAAGACAAGAAUAUUAAGAAUGAGUAACAAAAUAACAAUGAAUAUAAAAAUGACAAGUAAUAAUGAUACUAAUACAUCAAUAAAACUAGUAGUCCAUGUUUUGUCUCGACUGAAAUGAUCUUGUAAGUAAAUUAUCAAGGAAAGAAUGUUCUCUGUCUUGUGUUUAGAUUUCUAACGAAUUUCUUUCAUAGAUUAAUGGCUACUACUGAUAAACGAAAAAAUACAUUACGAAAGAUAUCUUUUUCAGAUAUAAAAACCUAUCGACUCGCCGCAAAAUGGCUAAACGCUAUUAUACGCCAGCAUAAUUAGAAAGAAUGUUAGCUAGCAAGCCGGAGCAUUUAGCGAGAAGACAUAUUCGUGCCUAUCGGUCAUAUCUCGGCGCGUUAAGUCAUUGUCCCUAGCACUCUGUCGCUAUUAUUAUACUAUGACUCUUCGGAUUCUCGGCUGUCCAAAUCUUUUUUUUUUUUUUUUUUUUUUAAUCGUAGAUGACGAACUUCUGAUUGACCCAACGGAGCGAUUUAUCAUACUUUUAAUGACAUGUACAUGGCGAACGGAUUUUUUGAUGCAUUAAUGAAAUCGCUUCAAUAAUGAAGAAAGCUCUUUUUGCGUGUUAAACAUGUUCCCGAAAUCAGUUAUACGGAAAACAAUCGAACAUUCGAAUUCUUUUCGAAAAAAAGAACACAUGUGAUAAGAAAAAGAAAACUUUCUAAGGUUAAGAAGAGAGGGCUUAUAUAUCAUAUUAGAUCCUUCGUUUUGCAAGAAUUACGAAAUAAUUUGUAACAUAAUUCUGAUUUUCAAAAUAUAAUUACAACAUUUGAAAAAAUAAAUAAUAUUGAAAUGUAAAAUAAUAUAUAUAUUAAAAAUGCAUCUAUAUCUAUAUUAUUGAGUUGCUAUUAGCAACACCUUUGUAAUAUGUUAACUAUUGUAAGAAAGGCAGUUAUGCGAAAAUCAAAUCCAUUUGUUGAUGUUUUUGACAGAAUAGAAAAGCUGCAAAAAAUCGAAAAUAUAAAAAUAUAAUUUUUUAGAUUUAAAAAUUCAAAAAUGUACAUACACACAUAGACACAGGGUGAAAUCAUAUCUUUGGAAUGUAUAUCUGCAGUAAUUCUACGCAGUGUAAUGUCGACCUCAACUUUUAAGCUAUGUAUUCCUUAGAUUAAAUGACGUACAAAGGUUUAUAACCAUUAUUUUGAAAAUAUCUUGUGGCUGCCAGUUACAAGAAUAUAAAAUUAAAAAAAAAAGGAUUUUAAUUCAAAAAUUUCAAAGAGUAAGUCUUGACAUAUUUCUGUUCAUGUCAAACUAAAGUUAUCAUUACAUUCUCAUUAAAAUCAAAUAACUUUUACCUAAAACAUUUUUCACAAAAAUGCUUUGUUUUCAAAUUAUUCAGCUGGUUCAAUUGAUAUGAAUCACCCGGUGUAUAUCAUGUUUCAUAUAUACAUACACAUAACACACACACACAUACAUACAAAAUCAAACUUUUACAUUUGAAUUCCGGGUCACGCAGUUAUCUUGCAUGUAUACAUAUCAUUGCGUCCAAAAAGAUAGAAGUCAAGUAGUUCGGAUUUUCUUUUUUUUUUUAACUAGAGGUGAAAACAAAAUGGCGUGUGUAAAAUUUGAAAAGAGAAUAAUCUAGAAAAGUUAAAGAUUUUGAAAAUAAAUUUGAAUUUUAUGGACGUGUUGAAGGCAUUAAAAUUAAGUUUUUAGACCACUAAAAAAAAAAAAACCCUUUCUUUUUUUUUUUCUUUUUAUCAAUGCUAUAUAUCUCUCACGUUUAGUUUUAAAUAAAAUCACACGUCGUCUAUUCCGUUUUGUUUUGGAGAAAUACAUGGGAUGUGCUCUGCUAAAUGUCUUCCGAUUUUGAAGAAAAGAAAGUACAUCUUGCACAAAAAAAUUGCAAACGUAUCAAUGAUAGAAAUAUUAAACUGACAUUCUCUAGCCAUAUAUGUGUACAGAUACGAGUCACACCGUUCUAAACAAUUAUAUUCAAAUCGAAUAAAUGUGAUUAAAAAAGCUAAACUACUACAUAAGAUAUACUGCAUAGAAUGCGUUUAUUGUAGAGCAAACUUGGACAUGAAGAGAAUUUUCGGAUAAAUUGAUUUAUUAGCUAGGUGUGGUGCGCGUGUUAUAAAGAUAAUUAUUCUGUAAUUUUUUUUCUCUUUUUUUGCAGUGUAUUUAUAUAAAUCCUUGCUGAGAGAUGGCUGGCUUGAUACAAAGGCUCGAACUAUCUUCUUCGUGUUAUCACGUUGAUAGCAUAAUGCGAAGCAUUCUUUCGAAAAGAAAUUUCGAAAUGAUCGAAAUUUAAAUUUGGCGAAAUUACACCGGCUUGUAUCUCUAAAUCUGUUUGUUUCAGAUGCACUUCUUCUGUCUUCUCUUUUCUUUGAAAUAUAUACAUCUUUAUAUACAUUUAUAUUUUAUUUUACAACGAAAGAAAAGUGUAACUGAAAUAAACAGAUCUCCUGUUUCUUUUGAGUUUUAGGCGAUUAUCAAGAGAAGUGUCGAAUUCAGAAACGGAGGAGAGAUUAGCUGGAAAUCUAGCUGUGAAAUAGAGAAAUGAUAUAUCUUAAUAUGAACAUUGAAUCAAAGCACAGCUUGGACAUAGAUAUUGUUGAUUAUUUAUCGUGAUUAUUAUUAUUAUUAAUAAACGAAAAAUUUAUCGAUUUUCGAUUUUAAUUAAUUCCUUUCUCACAUCUCAUCUCAUCUAAUCACAAUUUGUCUUUUUGAUAUUGUUUACUUGACAUAACGCGUCGAUAUCGGGAUAUGGAAAAUUUACAAAUGGAGUUUCUAUAUUUAAUGAUUUAUUAAGCAGCACAACAAACAUAUAGUGUGAUCGUCAAUAUAGAAGACAAAUGUAAAAUAUAUUGAAAGUCUGUAUAAAUAUUUUCAAUAUUGAUCGAGAAAUUCGUUUAUUUCGCUUUUUCUUUUAUUAAUAUCAAAAGCUAUAUGGGAGAAAAAAUGAACGAAUCUUUCGAUGGACUUAAAUAUACACAUAUACGUAUAUAUAUAAUUUAAUUUAUAGAAUUAAAUAUGUAACGUGUAUUAAAUAUGUGACAUGAUUAAUAACAACACAUCACUGCUGUUGUAAAGAAAAAAAGAAUAGGAAAAAGAUUAGAGAGAACAAAAUAUAUUUCUAAAUAAUAUUAAUUAAAUAAUAUAUUCUCUCUUUCCUUUGUUUGCGAAUAUAUUUUAUUCGUUAAGUCUUCUUUUCAUUCUAACAUCAUUUACAUUCAGUUUUUUUUGAAGUGUAGUAAAUAAAAUGUAACAUUUUUGUAAAAAAAAAGAACAAAAAAUUAAUAAAGUAAUGUAAUACCUA